CUGUGUUCCUGUCAUAAGGAAGUGAAGAGGCCGAAAAAGUGUGCAGAAGCCACUAAAACGGUGCAGCAGCCCGAAAGAUUUAUUUAAAUCCGUUUGACAAGAUGUCUUCAGAUGAGGAGAGCAGUGCAAGUCCUAUCAUCCCUAAAGAUUCAGACCAUGGCAGUUCAGUAUCAUCAGACUUUCAGGAUGAAUAUGAUGAACUUCUCCGUUACGCGGUGGUAACUCCAAAGUUUGGGCCUCAUCUCCUCAGGCAACAUCAACCCGCUGCGGAGCAAACCUCAAGUGACAGGUUUUCAGGUCUAACGGAAACUGGACAAGAGCGAACUCCAGCAAGGCAAACCACUGCUUCAACAGAAUCUUCAAAUGAGAGCUUUAACAAGUCUUUAACAAGUGAACUGAAAACAACUGUUUCGGGGUCUGCUGUUCCCAAACCUGGUUUUCCAGCGCCGGAUAUUCGGAAAAGUGUGGAGGCAUUUUCUCCUGUUCGUUCCGAAGGGCUUUCUCUUCAAGGCUCCGCAUCUUCCACUGAUUUUCACACUGAACAGAUAAGAGUGAUGGAGCUCCCUGUGUCCACUGAAAACAUGAACCACGUGGAAAAUGUGCUUGAUUUUUGGAGUGGAAACCUUAAGACAAAUGUCCUGGCAGAAUUAAGCAAAUGGAGACUGACCAUAAUUGAGCAGCAUAAACAGGAGAUGAAGAAGCAGGAUGAGAAGCACGCUGAACACAUUACCAAGCUGAGCAGCCAAGUAGAUAACCUUGAGGAGUUACUAGAGACAUAUACAACUUCUAUACAAAGAAAAGAUGAGGUGAUUUCUAACUUGACUCGCGCUCUAGAGAAACAAAAAGAGAAAACUGAGCUAAUGAGAACCUUUACACACUGGCGCCUCCAACAUUUAGAAGCCAGACAAGAGGACUACGCAUCUAGUAUGGCUGAUAAACACUAUCAGAAAACAUUAAUGAAGAAUGUGUGGCGGGCUUGGCAUUCAGCUAUUGAGUCAGACUGGAAGGAGAAAGUUGAACAGGCUUGUCGGACAAGAGCCGAAGAAGUUUGUGUGGAGCUGUCCAACGGUUAUGAGUCCCAGAUUACACAGUUGUCUGGAGCCUUAGAAGAAGCCAGAGCAGAAGUACAGCGACUUCAUGCAGAAAGAGGACAGUUUGAGGGUUCCAUGAAGAAAGCGUUCAUGCGUGGUGUCUGUGCAUUAAAUAUGGAAGCAAUGUCAAUGUUUCAGGGAAGAGAAAGUCGUAUGGAUGAUGAUCCAGCACACAGAAGAGAAGACCUUGGCUCAAAUCCUUCCGUUACAUUUCAGCAUCCUAUGACCUCAUCCGACCAUGACCUUCCUUCAAGAUUCCAUCCUGCCUCAUCAGAGCCAACCUAUAGGCCACCUUUUGGUGCCCCAUGUUCCUCCCAAUCUAAGGAAAGUGCAAACACUCCCGUCAUCUUCUCUGUUACUGCUCCAGGAUCAGGUGCAAUUCCAGCACAAAAGCUUCCUUCAGCAAGGAUUGUUACAUCAAGUCAGCAGAAGGCCGGAAGGACUAUAACAGCUCGGAUCACAGCUCGGUCAGAUCUGACACAGAAGAUGAAUAAAGUUGGGAGCAGUGUAGGUUCGAUGGCUGUUUCACCACCCAUGAGUUCUGUUGUAGUUGAAAAACACCAUCCUGUAACUCAGCAAACUAUCUCCCAAGCCACUGCUGCAAAGUACCCUCGGACCUCACUUCAAAGUGCAAGUUCAAUGAGUGGCAGGAGCACCAGCCAGAGUGGAAGAACAGCUCACCCCAGCGUCCAUUCAAUAAAGGUCGUUGAUUGAUAUGUCGUCAUGGCUAGUGUGGUAAAUGCAACCUCUUCUGUAUGAGGCCCACAAAUGUAUCCAUGCACCUAGCUUUGCAAUGAUUAUAGUAAUUUUUGAGACACAUGAAUUAUAGAUUUGUAGCAUGUAAUGCUGUGAAACCGUCUGGACUAAGCAGUGCAUUGGGUGGCGCAGAGCCAGAGUGAGCUGUGAGUGCAAUGAUCAUUGCUGUGUUGUAACUGUUCACUAUUUAUAAAUGCAUUCCUUGAGGCUUUUAUAUACAUAUUUUGUAACUAUUUUUUAAUAUUUAAACUUGUUUUAUUGUUUUUAUAUGAUUUUUAAUAGGACAAUUAAACCUGUUGCAUUUGUUUAUAUUUAUCCAUUCAAUGUGAUUAUCUUUAUAGCUACAAAUUCAAAAUUACCGCUUUUCAGAGAGGACCUGACAACACCUCCGUGUUGAUUAAAACAGCAUUACAUAUACACAUAAAGUGGCCUUAUAUCUCACAAUUUUACAGAGAACAUUUUUUGGUUCAUUCUUCUUCACUCUGAGCUGUGCUGACAGUAAGCUAUGCUGUAUACUACAGCUCUAAUGAUAUUUAGCCACAGCCUGGUUGUGCACCGACUUUCCGAU